UUCACUGUGUCGUAAACGCACCACAUCCGGCGUGACCGCAAACUGACCAAUCAGCGUGCGCGCUGAGCGGAAGCGGUACAUUUGAAAACUGGCAGUUGAAGGCGAGCCCUUUCGUGUCUGAGAAGAGAAAAAGAAUUAAUAACAAAGUACACACGAUGGAUGAAGAGGAGCAUACAGACAGAAAGCAGCAACUUGCCAUGCUUUUUCAAAAGCUCAACAAAAUUAAGAAGUAUCUUAAUGAAGAUGACACAGAUAACAUUAACCAGGUCAUUGGCUCAAACUCACCUGAUGCAUGCCUCUCAUAUCUGAUGGAACUGGAGAAGAAAGGAGACCCUCAGUUGGAUCGUAAUCAUCUCACCAGACUUGUGGACUUUUAUACCAGAGUAUUCUCUAAUAUGCCACUGGGGAAACACUGUCAGAAUGAAAGCUAUGCAAGGAUGUUGGUCAGAUUUGCAGAGCUCAAAGCAAUACAAGACGUGAAUGAAGCGGAGUCCAACUUCAAUGUCGCGAGAUCUCACAGCCAGAACUUUGCAUUUGUCCACAUUGCACAUGCAGAGUUUGAGCGUUCUCAAGGAAACACAAAGAGAGCAGUGUCUAUAUUACAGAAUGCUCUUGAGCUGGGUGCCAAACCAAAGGAAAUGCUUGAGGCUGCGCUACAGACCAUGCAGCCAGUGAACACACAGCUCUUCUGUCCAGAGGACAAGGAGAAUGUUCCAGUUUUGCAAAACAGUAAUGUUCACGAUUCUGUCAAGAAAGGCUCAGAGUUACAUAAAGUAAGCAGGAUAUCAGAUGGGACUGGUGAAUUCCAGAUGUCCAGUAUCUUUGGUUCAAGCACUGAGCUCCACGGAGGAUCAGAUGAGCAGCUACCAGGCUGGAGGUCUGCAUCUCAACGCAAAAGAGCCAUUGGCUUGCCAGGGAGAGUUCCUGUUGUACCAUUUUCUAUCCCAGAAAAGGAGGAUGAUGACUUCAUGAAUGGGAAGUCCUCGAAGGGAUGUGACAUUUCAGUUCCCACCAGUUUGUCUAGGCAAACAUCUGGUUCAAGUGUGAGCACCGUUUUUGGAUUGUCAUCAGCUAAGAGAAGUUCCCUCGACAGAGAGUUGGUCAGUCUUCCACCUCCAGUGGUCAGUCCAGAACACUACCCCUGGGAGGACCAGGCUGCUGUGGACUCAACCACCACACUCCUUCACACCCGUGACACCAAGGACACAUUAAGGAUGGAAGAUGUUACUUGCAAUUUUGACCAGGUCAUCAGUUCACAGUCUCCUGAGUCGUGUUGGACAUUCCUUAUGAACCUAGAGAAGAGAGGAAACCCACACACAGACGUCAACCUCCUCAAUAAACUCAAGGACUGCUACUCGAAAGUCUUCUCCAGAAUGCCAAUAAGACAGUACAGCAAAAACGCAAGCUAUGCCAGAAUACUGGUCAGAUACGCAGAACUGAAGGGGAUUGAAGACCCAGAUGAAGCACAGGACCACUUCAUUGUUGCAAGAUCCAACUGCAAAGCGUUUGGAUUCGUCCACAUCGCACACGCCCAGUUUGAGGUUUCCCAAGGCAAUGUGAUUAAAGCGUCCUCAAUUCUACACAAAGCUCAGACAUUAAAGGCCAAACCAGCUGAGCUCCUGGACUUGGCCAUACGUAACCUCAAAGCAGGAGAAAAGCAGCUGUUACCCCCCAAGGAGGAGGAACCCCCCACAGACUCACAGGCUGGUGUUUCAGUAAGCUGUGGGUCAAACCAGGAGCUCCAACUUCCUGGUCGGGUCCCAGUGAACCGACCUGUGGAGCAGCCGAAAGCUAAAGAGGCCGUAUCGGAGUGGAAGGUCCCAAAUGUGGUCAGCAGGCACGUUUCUCCAGAGGAUAAACGAGUGACGCCUCCAGACCCCAGACCCAUUCCCCGUUUGAUGGAUUCCCUACUGACUCCGUCCCUCCAGCUUCCAUCCAGACAGAACCCACAAACCGUCUGUCAGACUCCAAACAACUACAGAACCGCUACAGAACCACCCUCUGCUAACAGCUUUAUCACCCCUGUUGUAAAAAGAUGUCCAGAAGUGGUUUCGUCCGCAGCAGCAGCGCACAGAGUCCAACCGGGUCAACAGCCGUGCACGCCACAAAACCCAGCGCCUUGUUUUCAGACGCCACAGUCCAUUACCACAUUAUCAAAUGAAGCCAUCACCAUUAAAGGCAAACAGUUCUUCAUCCUGAAGAUGAUUGGACGCGGUGGAUCUAGUAAGGUCUACCAGGUCCUUGAUCACAAAAAGCAGUUGUUUGCAGUGAAAUUCGUGGACCUGGAGGAGGCCGACGCUCAGACGAUAGAAAGUUACAAAAACGAGAUUGAGCAUCUGAACCACCUGCAGCAGUACAGCGAUCAAAUCAUAAAACUCUAUGACUAUGAAAUAACCAGCAACUACAUUUAUAUGGUGAUGGAGUGUGGAAACUUGGAUCUGAACACUUGGUUACGAAACAGAAAAUCUGUGAACCCACUAGAGAGGAAGUUCUACUGGAAGAACAUGCUGGAGGCUGUCCACACCAUCCACAAACACGGAAUUGUCCACAGUGACUUGAAACCGGCAAAUUUUGUCAUUGUGAACGCAUCACUUAAACUGAUCGACUUUGGCAUCGCAAACAGAAUCCAGCCCGAUGUCACGAGUAUUAUGAAGGAUUCACAGAUGGGAACCCUGAACUACAUGCCCCCUGAAGCCAUCAAAGACACGUCUUCAUCCCACUCAGGAAAAGCCCGCUCAAAGAUCAGCCCCAAAGGUGACGUGUGGUCCCUCGGGUGCAUCCUGUACUGUAUGACGUAUGGGAAGACUCCGUUUCAAAGCAUCACCAAUCAGAUUACGAAGCUGCACGCCAUCAUCGACCCCGCCCACAAGAUCGAGUUUCCUGACAUCGCAGAGAAGGAUUUACUAGACGUGUUGCAGAGAUGUUUAGUAAGAAAUCCAAGAGAGAGAAUCUCUAUUGCGGAACUGCUAGAGCAUCCAUAUCUGCAGCUGAAACCACCAGCUUCACCUGAACCAGAGCACCCGUCAAACAGUGAUCUCAAGAGGAUCCUCACAGAUCUUGCAGCUCUUCAGUCUCCAAACAGCAUCAUUCGAGCCGCUAAUAAUCUUGCUAAAAUGUGCAGCAGUGGAAGGAAGCUGGAUGUUGCAGAGUGCGCCAAGUCUUCAACUUAA